CAGAAACUUCGGAAGCCCCGGGGCGGCGGGCGGCGGGCGGCGGGGAGGAGGAGGCGGCGGCCGAGCUCCCCCGCGCGGCGGGCUCUGCGGCCGGGAGGCGCUCGCCCCGCGCCGCGCUCACCCCGCGCCGCGCUCGCUGCCUGGGCGUGCGGGAGCCGCGCCGGGGAGCCGCGCCGUAGCCGGGAGCCGCGCCGCAGCCCGGAGCCGAGCCGGGCCGAGUCGAGCCGGGGAGCCCGCGGCAGCGCGCGCCGGGCGGGCGGCGAGGCGGGCCCGGCGGGCGGCGGCGCCGGGGGAGGCCGGGGGCCCGCUCGCGCGCGCGGCCGCAUCCCCGCCGCUGCCGCCGGGCUACCCCGAGCCGCGCGCUGCCGCCGGCCCCCGCUUCGCGCGCUGCUCCAGCCGCAUGGGAGUUGGGGACAUGGACGGGGUCGUGCUGGCGUGGACCGCCGUCUUCUGGCUAACAGCCAUGGCUGACGGCCUUCAAGUCACGGUGCUCGACAAGAAGAAGGUGGCCAUGCUCUUUCAGCCCACCGUGCUCCGCUGCCACUUCUCCACGUCCUCCAGGCAGCCUGCCGUCGUGCAGUGGAAGUUCAAAUCCUACUGCCAGGAUCGCAUGGGGGAGUCCUUGGGCAUGUCCUCUCCCCGGGCCCAGUCUCUCAGCAAAAGAAACCUGGAAUGGGACCCCUACUUGGAUUGCUUAGACAGCAGGAGGACUGUCCGCGUGGUAGCUUCAAAACAGGGCUCGACCGUCACCCUGGGAGAUUUCUACAGGGGCAGAGAGAUCACGAUCGUGCAUGAUGCAGAUCUUCAAAUUGGAAAACUCAUGUGGGGAGACAGCGGACUCUAUUACUGUAUCAUCACCACCCCUGAUGACCUGGAGGGCAAAAACGAGGACUUGGCGGAGCUGCUGGUGUUGGGCAGGACAGGGCUGCUUGCUGACCUCUUGCCCAGUUUUGCUGUGGAAAUUAUGCCAGAGUGGGUGUUCGUCGGCCUGGUGAUCCUGGGAGUCUUCCUCUUCUUCGUGCUGGUGGGGAUCUGCUGGUGCCAGUGCUGCCCGCACAGCUGCUGCUGCUACAUCCGCUGCCCGUGUUGUCCGGAGUCCUGCUGCUGCCCGCAGGCCUUGUAUGAAGCAGGGAAAGCAGCAAAGGCCGGGUACCCUCCCUCUGUCUCCGGUGUCCCCGGCCCUUACUCCAUCCCCUCUGUCCCCCUGGGAGGAACCCCCCCAACCGGCAUGCUGAUGGACAAGCCGCACCCGCCCCCCCUGGCACCAAGUGACUCCACGGGAGGCAGCCACAGUGUUCGCAAAGGUUACCGGAUUCAGGCUGACAAAGAGAGAGACUCCAUGAAGGUCCUGUACUACGUCGAGAAGGAGCUGGCUCAGUUUGAUCCAGCCAGAAGGAUGAGAGGCAGAUAUAACAACACCAUCUCCGAGCUCAGCUCCCUGCAUGAGGACGACAGCAGUUUCCGCCAGGCCUACCACCAGAUGAGAAGCAAGCAGUUCCCUGUGUCCGGGGACUUGGAGAGCAAUCCUGACUAUUGGUCCGGGGCCGUGGGAGGCGGCAGCGGGGCCAGCCGGGGGCCCUCGGCCAUGGAGUAUAACAAGGAGGAUCGGGAGAGCUUCAGCCAGCAGCGCUCCAAGUCCGAGAUGCUGUCGCGGAAGAACUUCGCCACCGGCGUCCCCGCCGUGUCCAUGGAUGAGCUGGCCGCCUUCGCCGACUCGUACGCCGCGCGCUCCCGCCGGGCCGACGGCGACAGCCACGAGGCGCGGGGCGGCGGCCGCUUCGAGCGCUCGGAGGCGCGCGCGCUGGGCGGCUUCUACCCCGACGGCUCGCCCGACGAGUACUACGGGCCGCGCGGCCGCAGCCGGGAGCCCCUGGGCGACGCGGGCCGCGCCUGGGCGCCCAGCCCCCCGCGCCGGCGGCCGGACGACGCGCCGCUGCCGCGCCUGGUGAGCCGCACGCCGGGCACCGCGCCCAAGUACGAGCACGGGCCGCGCGCGGGGGCGCUGGAGCGCCAGGCGCGGCCCGAGGGCGCCAGCCGCGGCGGCAGCCUGGAGACGCCGUCCCGGCUGAGCGCGCAGCUCGGCCGCCGCAGCGCCUCCUACUACGCCUGGUCGCCGCCCUCCACCUACAAGGCGGCCGCGCCGCAGGACGACGACGACGACGACGACGACGACGACUCCGCCGACGACCCGCUGCCGCCCUACAGCGAGCGCGAGCUGAGCCGCGGCCCGUCCUACCGCGGCCGCGACCUGCCCUACCACAGCAACUCGGAGAAGAAGCGCAAGAAGGAGCCCGCCAAGAAGACGAGUGACUUUCCAACCAGGAUGUCCCUUGUGGUCUGAUGUUUGUUUUGAAGACACUUCUCUGGCUGACUAGAAAUCAGAAGCAGCCCACCGGGACAAGACACAAACCUAAGAGCCAGCAGGCCCGGGACCUUCUCUGGCCACCGCCUCGGAAGAUUUGCUGAUCUUUGCUUUGCCAAGGGGGGGGGGGGGCAGCCUUUAAGGAAGGCUGAUUCCAAACCUCAGCAUACAUCCAGCUAGUAUGCGAAACUCAAGAUGACUAUGUGUGAGAACAUUCCCACACAUGGCGUGUCUUCCCCACUGAGUUCAUCCUGCCUGAUGUUCUUCCGUAGCUGAACCAGGAUUCCUUUUCCAAUUCUGAAAGGGAGUUAGCUCUGGACUGCUGAUCUCUAGAAACUGCCUCGUCCUCCAGUAUGUUCUUCUAUGCCUCCUGUGCUGUGCUUAGAGACAGAAAAACAUUACUACUAUUAGAAGAAGGUCUUGUACUGACAACAGAAGAUAGCUUUAGGCAAAAUAUACCUUUUAUCCCCAUCUCCUGCCGGUCAUGAGGCAAUGACUAUUGUUACACUAAAAUCAGAGGGCCCUUGGUGAGCUCAGUGACAGUGACCUGCAGGACAAUCACAGAAAUGACUUCAAUUUGCUGUUUUGAAUGACAGCUCUUGAGUGGCUAGAUCAAGACAAAAGAGAGCAUCCCUUUUUGAAAAGCGGUGUAAGUGCUAUUUCUUUUUCCAUCCUGAGAACUUAAACUGCUUUUUCUCUUUCCGCUGUGCACAGUGACCUCCGAGUCUUGGACGUUAAGGGCUCUCCUCGCCCUCCCUUCCCCUGGACUUUCCACACGUUGGUGCCACCCACAGAGCCCCACUUCCCUCUGCACUCUGAUUAAACUGUCAUCAGGUGCCUUUCGAAAAAUGCUUAAAAUACACACAUGAAAGAGAGGAGGAAGGAAAAAAAAAAAGGAGAAAGCAGUUAUGCAAAAUAGAGACAAAAGAAUUUAAGAGGAAAAGAAUCUGUGAUCUCACUCUAUUUUGAACGUGGGCCAUUUUCCCCCACAAAUUCGGACCCCGGUCGUCUCUGGUUUUGUACUUCGUUCGCCAGGAGCUGUUCGUGCGUCCCGGCUCUGUCGUUCCAGGACCCCAGGGAUGGCUGGAACGUGCGUCCCUUCGCCUCGCCAGGCUGCUGCUCCGGAUGCGCUGGGAAGCGAGGGAUCUUGUUCUCUCAGGAAGGAGCGCUUCCUUGUCCCACCCUGGCCUAAAUGAUAAAUUCUGCCUAAAUCCCAAAGCUAGAUAUUUCCGGAUUUUGCAGUUUUGAGAGAUUGCAAGAAAUGGCCACACUUUCUUCCCUUCUCAGCAAGAGGUGCAGUCCGUUUCUCCGCCCGUCCCUUCUGGGAUGGGCCAAGAGAUUUGAUUUGGCCAGUGGCCCCAAACAAAUGGAACACAAGCAGAGUCCUGAAAAAGUCCUGUGCAUGGGGCCUAUUUUCUCUUGCAGUCGCCACGAGGUGAGCAAGCCUGGGCUGUCCCGCUGCAUGAUGAGAAGAACAGGCCCAGGACCCCGUCUGCCCCGUCUGACAGCCUGUCGAGUCUCCGCUGAUUGCAGACAGCUGUGUGAGCCGCCAAGCCCCAUGGGGCAACGGCCUAGCUGAGCCCAGCCCAAAUUCUUUCCGACCCAAGGCACGAGAAGUGCGUGCACCUUUUCAAUGUUCGUUUCUCUUCAAGGACAAGCUGUUUCUCCUUGUCUCGUGUUCGUCCCUUAAGCCCCGACUCCGUCUCGCCUUAGGUGUCUCACAGUCUCCACUUUCUUUGGCAAACAUCUGCCAAAGCUUUUCACCCUGCACCAUUAUGGAGGCAGCCAUGGUUGGGUCAAAAAUCACUGGGAGACAAUGAUGCUCGGCCUCCCAGCGGUGGUCAGCUUUCUGUCUUCGAGUCCACGGGCAACCUCUGAAGGUUUUUUCUUCAACAUCUUCUUGGUCUUGUCCACAGCCGCCUGACCGGAGCUGGGCCCUAGUCUCAGAGCACCAUUCCACUGGGAUCUUUACUUCGCGGCCUGUCCAAAACAGUCCUACAUGUGCAAGGAAAUAAAGAAGUGGCUGGUGAAGGUCGGGAGCACGAGUCGCUAUCCUUGCCUGGAGGAGACCUGGCCUACCAAAGGACUUUGCGGUGGCUUUGGCCGGAGAGGAACCAGGGACAGCUCAGCCCAGUGCUGGCACUUCCAAGGGCAGGAGGACACAUGCCAUAACCUGGUGCUGAGUGUUAGACUUGCUGGUGUCCCCGGCCUCUGAGAGCCGAGGUCCCGUCUAUAUGGGCCCCACAUCAGAUGGGAAAGAUGACUAAACAUCAUCAUUUCUUAGUCACCAGCUUUGGAUUCCAACUUGCUCAGGCAAUCCUGGAGAAUACUGGGUAGCUGCAGAGCUAUUAUCUCUUCAACUGAGCACUGUGUCAGGCUUCUCUCCACCAAAGAGCCCCAUAGCACCAGCUGCAGAGACCAGACAUAUUGCUUUUGUUCGCCGAGGGCGUGUAGGAUUUUGGAGAUGGUUCGGGGAGUCACAGGGAAAGAAUUACUAAAAUUGGAAACCUGCAGUUGCAAAGAGAACAAAACUAUAGACCGUACAAUAAGAAAACACGAAGACAACAGGCUCCUGAAAUAACCGGGGGAGAUGGGACCAGGCUGUCCCCUGUCGGGCUGCAUAAAUCCCUGAAACUUCCAGAGAGAGAGAGAACACUGUUGUUUCUGGGUAUGUGGAUAGAGACAAGAACUGGCUGGACAAGGAAAGGCAAAGCUGGCCAUCCUCGGCACCCUAGCUUUUCCCAGUGGGUCCUUUAUUUUCUUCCCUGAAUAGUGUUUCCCACAGAGGAAGGGCUUAUAAAUAUUAGCUUCCUUCCUAGCUUUUACUGGGGGUACAGAAUGUCUUGCGUCAGGCACAAUCUCCGUCCAUUGGGACCCUGCAGUUGAAGAGCGGAAAUAAGACAUGCCCAAGAAAGAAGUAGAUUUUAUGCACAUAAUGUGAAAUAUUGCUAUGGAUGACAACAAACCCAGAGAAUUAAAGUUUUUAAAUUUAAA